AUGAUAGAAAAGAAAUAUGUCAAUCAAGAUAUAAAUAUCGAGCUGACUUCAUAUAUUGAUGAUAAACAAAAUGCUUGGUUCAAGGGUAAAGACAUUGCCCUAAUUCUCGGAUAUAGUGACACAGAUCAGGCUUUAAGAAAGCAUACCGAUAAUGAAGACCAAAAAAGCUACCCCGUCAAAACGACGGGUCAGGUCAGAUGGUAUACUGUUAUAAAUUAAUCCGGAUUUUAUUCCCUUGUUUUGUCCUCAGAGUUAGAAACAGCCAGGGUAACAUCAUAAGUACUUCCAUCAAUUAGAAAAUUUGGAUACAACAAACUUUUCGACAACCCAAAUAACAAAAUGUUUAAGAUUGAAAAUGAGACAGAUCUAGACUGCAAAGUUGUACACCUAAUCAGAAACUAUUAUCCAAAAGCCCUUAUUGUAGCAGGACUUGGAGAAAACCAAGAUACUCCAUCCAAAAGAAUUGCUAGUUGGAAAAAAGGUUAUACCAAAGGUCAGCCUGAUCUGAUGGUGCUUAAC